AUGCGCAGUCUGCAUACGCUCUACUCCAGUACUCAGUACUCCAGUACUCAGUACUCCAGUACGCUCUACUCCAGUACGCUCUACUCCAGUACUCAGUACUCCAGUACUCAGUACUCCAGUACUCAGUACUCCAGUACGCUCUACUCCAGUACGCUCUACUCCAGUACUCAGUACUCCAGUACUCAGUACUCCAAUACGCUCUACUCCAGUACUCAGUACUCCAGUACGCUCUACUCCAGUACUCAGUACUCCAGUACUCAGUACUCCAGUAUGCUCUACUCCAGUACUCAGUACUCCACUACUCACUACUCCACAAUCUCUCGACUCAUGGGUCUGAGCAACGCACUCUCUGCCUCCUCUCCUCCGCUCCUCUCUCACAGUGUAGAGUUUGAAGAGGCUCUUUCUGCUCUGGUUCUGAUGACGGCUCCUCUGGCUCCGCACCUGUGCUCCGAGCUCUGGGCAGGUCUGUGUGCGCUGCAGAACCCCCUGAUGCCCUCCCUCAGAGCGGGGCACGUCCUGGAGCAGCCCUGGCCCACGGUCGACCCGGAGCACCUGGAGGAACCCGACUUUGUGGAGCUGACUGUGCUGGUGGAUAACCAUGGGUGUGGGCGGGUGAUGGUGCCGCGUGCUGUGUCUAAAGACCUGGAUGCAGUGAAGAGGCUAGUGGUGAACAGUGAAGUGGGACAGAAGCACCUGCACCAGAAGACCAUCAAGAGAGCCAUCCUAUCCCCUCGCACUGCUCUCAUCAACAUCCUCACACACCAGUGA